UACGGAUAGACGGACAGUGUUGUAUAUAGUGAACUGCAAUAACUUUCCCGUCCUCAACUUUGUGAUACAAAGAUGAUCUCCACACCAGUAUUCGUCCUGUUCACCGCUACCGUUGCCAUGGUUACCGCCGCCGCUGUACCACAGUAUGCCGCCGCUGCCACACAAUAUGCCGCAGCCCAACAGUAUGCUGCCCCGCAGUAUGCUGCCGCUCCCCCACAGUAUGCUGCCGCGCUACAAGACAAUGUGCCAUUAUACGACGUAACUAACGAAGACUUUGUCAUUGACAUGGAUGAGAAGAGCACACGAGAGGACGUUAUAUUCCCCCGGCCGCGGCGCGCGGCGCUCGUGCUGGACAGGCUGCUGGUGGCGCUGCAGAAGGCGCUGCACGACCCGCCCAAAGACGUCGACGACGGCCCCCGCGCCGCGCCGCUGCGGUACCUCGAUACUAACGAAAUGACCGGACUUCAGCGUAGAGGCCAGGGCAUGUCGCGGGGCCGCGUGCUGCGAUGUUACUUCAACGCCAUCACAUGCUUCUAAGCUACAAUCAGCAAAAACAUGUUACUGAAACUCGGCAAUCGACGUUUUUAAGCUAUUGUUGCAUAGCUUUUAUCGCGGCGACCGAAUCAAGAUAUUCCGUAAUGAAAAAACCUAACACCCCCACUCCGACCGGCGCAGCGGCACGGCGUUGCCGUGAAUUGUCUAUUGCUUACACUAGACGUAUGCGAAUUAUAAUUGCAUA